AUGCUACCGGCUCUCGGAUGCACUUUGCUACCGGCUCUCGGAUGCACUUGUUUCCCUUCGAAACUACUGCACAGCCUUGCGCCUGACUGGUCGAGUGUCCUGGGCGUGGCUCUUCUUCAGGAUUGCCCACAGGCCCAAGGCCCUGGACUCGCCAACUGUUGCCGCGCCGUGUGGUCCAUACGAGAUACGUCGUCACGCGCAAGGCUGGUCGUUGCAGCGGAACGAAGUUUCCCGGACCACGCCAUGAUGUUGGUCCCGCGCUUUACCUGCCACAAAGUCACCCUGUCGUACAGCUCCGUCACGGAAGGCGAAGUGACCUUACAUCUCGAGGAAUUGGUACAUCUAUCCUUCAAUUCGCUAAAAACGCUGCGAUAG